ACUGCGCGCAAGAUAUCCAUCAUUUUUGUGAGCUCGGAUUUCUCAGAGGAGGACGCAACCACCUUUUUCAAAAAUGCUCACGGCGAUUGGCUGAUGCUUGACUACAAAAGCGCUCUUCGUUCCGAGCUGAAGCGAAAGUUCGGAGUGUGGGCAGGAAAAGAGGCCUCGCAGUUUGGCACUUCCAUAGCAUCGUUCAAGUCGAGGAGAAGUGGAAUCCCCGCGCUUGCAAUUGUCGGAUUAGACGGAGAGCUUGUCAACUUCUUGAACGCUGAGCUGGAAGGUUUCGAGGCUUUGAUGUAA